AACCUUGCGUUGAAUGCUGGUUCUUAGAUGCUCUUCUUCUUCUUCUCGAAGGUUGCUGGAGUUUGGAACGGCAACCACUUCCUUUUGUUCCUACAAAACUGUUUGGUGCUACCGCUGCGUAGGCCUUGAUCCUUGAACUAACCAUUUAUAUCAUACAAUCCUUAUUGUUAAAGAAGAAUAAGGGUUUACGAUGAAGAAGAGUGCUUUUGAGAAGAUGGUGAUGCAGAAGAACAAGAGCAAGGGAAGCCACGAGGAUCAGAAGAAGCAGCAGUGUAAGAGGUUGUUGGUGAGUAUCAACGUACUUGGGAGCGCAGGGCCAAUAAGGUUUGUGGCGAAUGAAAAGGACAGUGUUUCUGUGAUCAUUGAAACUGCUCUCAAGUCAUAUGCUCGUGAAGGCAGGCUUCCUCUUCUUGGUUUUGAUCCCACCGACUUCCUCCUUUAUAAUGCAUGCUUUGAUGCUCUGAAUCCAUUGGAAGCCAUAGGAUCUUAUGGGGUGAGGAACUUUGUGCUGUGCAAGAAGCAAGUGUGUUCAUCAAAGGCAGAACCGAACACAGAGCUGAUAUCUCAGAAAAGCAACAGUGGUAGUGGUUGGAAGGCAUGGUUCAACAAAUCAUUUGGAUUGAAAGUUUUAUCCCAUUGAAGAGAUAUAUCAAUUUGAGCUAUGAAGAAUGGUGUGGUGUUAAUCCAUUUGGUUGUUGAUGAUAAUGUCGAAGAUGACCGUGGGUUAAUCCAUGUUUGGAUUUUAGGAUUUUGUAUGUUUUUGUGUCUUUUUUGUUUAU